CAGACAUGAGCAGUACGGGGGUCUCCCGCGUCGGCGAAAAGCUGCCGCCCGCAGGAGGCGUCCGAAGUCUGUGUUUCCACGACUGCCUGCAAGGCACGGGGCCUCCCAGAGCUCGGAAAGGGGGCUCGGGGCUCGUUCUGUUUGGGGUCCUCCGCCGGGCGCUAUUCGUGCAUCUGGCCGGGCGCAGGUGGGUGCAGGGAGGGGCUUUAGGGGCUUUCGUGCCCUGUGGUUGGAGGAACCAGCGGCGUAAGCGUGCACGGUUGGAGUUCCUUGACGGUUUCUUGGGACUUCGUUUGGUCCCCCCCCGCAGGGGGCGCCUUCUUCGCCGCCUCUUGCGCGCUCCGCGCGCUCCAAAGAGGGUGCCCAUGGCGCAGAUCAGAGAGAUCCGCGCGGACCUCCAAGAGUUUGUGUUGAUGCUGUGUUUGUUGCACCUUUAGUGGUGCGGUUCAGGCCCCCUUGUCACAAGUAUCGGGCGGUGUAAUCUUCUUCCGCCCUGGUGCCAGGAGAGCCUACCCAGUUCACGAAGAACUGCAUGUACCUGGUAUGUGGUGGCAUGGUCGUGCAGCUGCUGGUCGUCUUCAUCUUCGCCCAGGCCACCAGACCGCCCGCGAAGCCCGCCGAGACAGCCCUCGCCAACGCGGCGGCGGGCGCGCCGGAGACCCCGCGGGCGGAUACCCCGCGGGCGGAUACCCCGCGUACAGAGGGUGCCGGCGACUCCGAGGACCCCGCGGAAGGAGACGCAUUUGACAAGGUCGCCGGCGAGCAGAACGACGCGCACCCCGUCCUGGGCCGCGCCAAGUACGUCGAGGGCAUGGAGCACGUGGCGUCCACGGUGUGGACCCUCCAGUUGGUGAGCAUGUUGUGCAUUUACUGUGGCGUGGCCGGCGUCAUCGUUGGCGUCUAUUUGUACCCGGUAGGCACGACGAAGGUCUCCGCCGCCGUUCUUUGCACCAUUGUCCAGUCUGGGGCGUAUUGCCUGUCCUUCUUUUUCUUAUGGGCCGCACGGAGCCUUUGCCGGGACGUGUGUGAUGGCUUCCAGCACGGUCUGGUCAAUGCCGGGUUGGCCAUGUGUUCGACAAUGCGCAAGGCGCCCAUGUUCUCGGUCCUCUUCUUGGCGGCGCGGAUGCGGGCGCUCAACUUGGACCCGCCUCAUGGGCUUCCGCCUUUCUGGCUGCAGUGCUGUUUCUACUCGACGACCGCCCUCCUGAUCCUGGAGGCUCUCCUGUCCGCGGUGGUGGGCCUCACGGGGACACCAAAGAAGGCGUACUACGGCGUCGCCAUCUUCGAAAGCAAGCUCAAGGGUGUCCAGAUUUUAAUGCACAUGUGCGCCCUGAUGACGUACCUGAUGCUCUUCGCCAUUUUCUACGGCGUCUUCGCCAUGGUGGACCAGCGGCCACGCAUCGGCGACGAUCCGAAUCCGGAGUACGAGCAUCGAGGCACCCUCUCCACGACGGUCCACUGCGUACUUCUCUACGAGGUGGCCUACUUCAGCGUGCAGGCCGGACAGAGCGUCACCAUGCUGCUCCAGGACCUGAGGGGCGCGAGCCUCCCGAGCACGCUGGACACCUUCGUCUCCGCGGGCAUCAGCCUGGGGCUGGCGCCCAUGUUCUGCGUCCUCUUCGUGGCCACUCGCAUGCGCGCGCUGCAGAUCACGGAGCAGAUGGGCGCGCCCCCCGGCUGGGCCCAGGACAGCAUGUACAUCUGUCUGUUCGCAACUUGCCUGCAGGCGACCUGCUGCCUGGUGAUGCCGAUCUUCGUCGGCAGCGCCUGCAAGGUGGACGAGGACGGCAACCCUGACUACGACCUCCAGCCGAUGGUCGGCGCGUACGCGGUGACCGUCGUGAAGUACGUAGCGAUGCUCUCUUUGUAUGGUGGCCUAAUUCUUGUGAUAUCUUCGAUCUUCCUGAUGGACCGCCAGUCGUGCAUGGGCUGGAGGGACAACCGGUUCAUCACAAGCUACAGGGAGUUGUUCGAGGCUCUGCUGGUGGUCGCCCUGCUGUUUUUCGUUGCUCUGCUCUUCUCUUCGGCCAAGGUGAUUGGCAUGGCCGUCAAGUUGGCGAUCGAGGCUGCAGACGAGGCGGUCCUCGGUGUCAACAUCGAGAUCCAGAACGCGGCGCUGAACUUGUGCAGGGGGUACGUCAAGGUGGAGAAGCUGAAGGUGUGCCAGCCAGAGUUCGAGACGAUCUGGUCGAGAGACGAGAAAGGGGCAGUGACGGGCACCAGGGUGCAGCCCGAGGUCAGGCUCACUUGGAAGGAGGACUACAUCUUCAAGGUGAAAACGCUCCUCAUUAAGGUCAACCUGUGGCGCUUGAUCACAUCUCUUGGCAAGGAGUUUGAGCUCCAGAACCUCACGCUCACAGGCAUCAAGGUGAAUUUCGAGAAGCCGACCGCGGACAUGAAGCAGAGCAAUUCCAACGUUGAGUACGUCAUCAAUUUCAUCGACUCGCUCGGGCUCCUACCACCACUGGAGGAGACCGCGCCGUCGCCCCCACCGCCUCCGCCAGCCGACCCCGCCGAGGCCGGCCAGAGCUGGUGGGCGAAGAUGAAGGCUGAGCUCGACGCGGUGCCCCGCGUGCUGCUUGAGAAGAUCGAGGUGGGCGACAUCGGCGCCACGGUGCUGGUGCAGAACGUCAGGUGGCUCGGCGGCAGGGACAUCCGCUUCGCGCCCUCCAUCGGCACGGUGCGGUUCGAGAACAUCCAGCGCGACGUCUUCGGAGGCAGGGAGGACCUGAAGCCGCAGGAGAUUAUCGCGUGCGUGGUGAAGGCCUUGGGAAAGAAGCUCUGCACCUCGAUCGUGUCCGAGAUCCCGAACAUGAUAGCGCAGAGGGCCAAGGAGGGCGCCGGGCAGCUGCUGCGGUCGGUGUCUUCGAGGUUUGGAGCCUCGCCGGGCGGGCUGGAGGCGCAGGAGGCGGGCGCGGCGAGUCGUCCCGGUGCCUCCGCGGGGCCCUGCGGGGCCAUCUCCAAGGUCACCAGCUGCCCGAGGCGAUCGCCGCGGCCGUGAGACGAGGGCCGCUUGAUACGGCAGUGCUUGCGGAACCUGAGCCAGUCGUAUUUGACUUCUCGUUCUGCCUGUGGCAGUCAAGAGAGUGGCUCGCGGCGCAAAGGGCCGGUCCCCUUGGUAGAGGGCCGGCUGGGACCUCCAAGGCCCCUGCUCCGCGAACAGGACCAAAAGCGCGUCGGGGGUCUGGGGUGUGGAGGCGGGCUCGC